GCGUCGAACAGAAACCCUAGCCGCGUUGCCGCAGCAGAGAAACCUUUGGAAACUCUCCCUCUGCCAAAAUGGGUAUCUCUCGAGAUUCCAUGCACAAGAGACGUGCCACUGGAGGCAAGAAGAAGGCCUGGAGGAAGAAGAGAAAGUACGAGCUCGGAAGGCAGCCAGCCAACACUAAACUGUCCAGCAACAAGACAGUGAGGAGGAUUAGGGUUCGAGGUGGAAAUGUGAAGUGGCGUGCUUUGAGGCUUGACACAGGAAAUUUCUCUUGGGGUAGUGAGGCUGUGACCAGGAAGACCCGUCUUCUUGAUGUUGUUUACAAUGCAUCUAACAAUGAGCUUGUGCGUACUCAAACCUUGGUGAAGAGUGCCAUUGUUCAGGUUGAUGCAGCACCUUUCAAGCAGUGGUAUUCCACCCACUAUGGUGUUGAAAUUGGCCGCAAGAAGAAAACCGCUGCUGAUGGUGAGGCCGCUACCGCUGCUGCUGCAGCUGCUGAGGAGGUUAAGAAGAGCAAGCAUGUAGAAAGGAAGUUGGAGAAGCGCCAGCAGACUCGCGUGCUUGACCACCACAUUGAGGAACAAUUUGGUGGCGGUCGUCUAUUGGCUUGCAUCUCUUCACGACCUGGUCAAUGCGGCCGUGCAGAUGGAUACAUCUUGGAGGGCAAAGAGCUAGAGUUUUACAUGAAGAAGCUCCAGAGGAAGAAGGGAAAGGGAGCAACUGCCUAUUCUCCAUACCAGAUUCCGGCAAUAGAAUUCACAAUGAAUUCGCCAGAACUGGACCGAGGAACUGAUGAGUGGUACCUUCUGUGCAAGAAGGUUCGAGAGGCUUGUGAAAAUUGUGGUUGCUUCGAAAUUGUGUAUGAUAAGAUACCCCCGCAGUUAAGAGCCGAAUUCUUCUUAGCGUCAAGAAAACUUUUCAGCCUUCCCCUUGAGACAAAGAAGAAGAACACUUAUCCAAAUCCUUACUCCGGUUACCUUGGACUGAGUGCUGUUGCUCCCUUGUACGAAAGCUUUGGCUUUGAAGAAGCAUCCGACUAUGAAUCCCUUAGAAGCUUCACAGAAGAAAUAUGGUCUCGUGACGAGCUUUGUGUUGUCGAAGUCUAUAACGUGACUACUCAAUUCUUGUGCGAUAUGGAGGAGGUUGUUGGAAGUUUUGCGAAACGGUUGGCCAUCAACGAGACGGAGGUUGAGGUGGUUAUGCCAUCAGAUGUUUUGAAGGAGGGUUCCCGGAGGUGGUUUAUGGUGGGAGAACUCUUCACCCACAAAAGUUUCAAGUUGGAAUUUCUUGCUAACACAAUGAAGAAUCUGUGGAUUCCUAAAGACGAACCCCUGGAUCGGAACAGGAUUACGCGCCAGAGUUGCAAACAAUUGGCUUUGUCAGAUCUAGGUCAGGAGAUGGAUAAAGGUGAUCCCCGGGAAGGAGAGAAUGACAUGGAGGUAGAUAGCUGUCAGGAGCACUCUGAUUUUGAUAUGCGCGGCGGUAAGAGGCGGAGAUUUGGAGAUCCCGGUGCUAGCAGGUCACUGAAGACGGUGAAGGGGGGAAUUACGCAUGCAGAAUCUACUGCAUUGAUUAACUCCCAUUUUCAGAGAGAGAAAUCUGGGCGGGUGAUUAGUUUUGAUACAGAAGGUGGAUUAAUGAGCCAAGCGCUAAUUGUGCCACAUCUUGACAAGGAGGAAAAGGAAAAGUUUCAAGAAGUUGCUAAGGAAAGUAUUCUGUCGAUUCCCGGUGUAUCUGAUUUCGUGACUUAUGGAGUGAUUGGUGGAACUUUGGAUGGUCAGAACAGCAAAGUUCUAGCUUCUAAAGAUGGAAUAAGGGAGCUGGGGCGGUUUUUGAGAGAUAGUUUCAAAUCUGCAGAGGCGGGAAAUCUUUCUACAAUUUCAAACUACGCUUCAAUUGAGUCCGGCCCUAAUCCGAGCAUUACGGGCCAGGCCCAAACAGAGUAUGCAAUUGGGGUUUCGAAAUCUAGCCCAAAACCUGGAAAAGAAAUACCUGAGAAGAAGAGAAAUGACUCAGGGGAUCAUCUCGACGUGGCUGUGAAGGAAAAUCAACUCAAUAGCUCAAGGUGUGCUCAACAUCUCUCCAUGAUGGAAACUAGAUGUACGGCUACAGAGAUGAAUGAGGUUCUGAGAAGGAUUGGAUGGAAGAAUGCAUUCUCAGUUAGUUGUAAAGUGUUUCGUCAGAAAGGUGGAAAACGAGUUGGUCGGGGUGGAGGUCCUUCCUUUACAUGGAGAGGAAAUAGGCACGGUGUCGAAGUAAAAGAGAGGUUGGACAGGUUCCUUGGCAACGGUGCUUGGUUGCAGUUGUUCCCAACAUCCAAAGUCACUCACCUGCUUCCUAAUGAGUCGGAUCAUCUCCCUAUUUUGAUUCAGAUUCGACGGUGUGGUAGGCGCAAGCGAAGGAAAAAACGUAGACAAUUUCGUUUUGAGGAAUGUUGGCUUAGGGAGAAAGAUGUUAGAGAAAUUAUUGAAGCUGGCUGGGCAAAGGAACGUGUAGGUUUGGAAAAGGAGCUAAAAGAGCUGUUACAUAAAGAGCAGACUUUCUGGCAGCAGCGGGGGUCUAGGGUUCUCUGGCUAACUGAAGGCGACCUGAACACAAGAUAUUUCCACCAGAAGGCUACAAACAGAAAGAAGAAAAAUACGCUGAAGGGUUUGUUCAAUGAAGAUGGAGUGUGGUGUAAUGAUGAGAGUGAGAUGGAGGAGAUUAUCAUUUGUUAUUACAAGAGCCUUUUCACGACGUCUAGACCUCGAGUGCAAGAAGAUGAUCUGCGCUUUGUGUCUAAUGUGGUGUCGGAGGAUAUGACCAGGAGCCUGAAUAGAGAUAUUUCAAAGGAGGAAGUUGUCAAAGCAUUGAAGCAAAUGCACCCAAGCAAAGCUCCGGGUCCGGAUGGUUUCUCACUUGUGUUUUAUCAGCAGUUUUGGGAGAUUGUUGGAGUAGAUGUGGUAAUGGCUGUAAGGGAAUUCCUCAACUCUGAGGAACUAAUCCGGGAAAUCAACCAUACGUGGGUCACCCUAAUCCCGAAGGUCAAGACGCCGGAGUACGUCCACCAACUACGACCUAUCUCUCUAUGCAAUGUCAUCUACAAACUUGGUUCUAAGGUCUUGGCAAAUAGGAUUAAACCCCUGUUGGAUGAUAUAAUUUCUCAACAUCAGGGCACUUUUGUUCCUGGCAGGCUUAUCUCAGACAACUCUCUUCUUGCCUUUGAAAUUUCGCACUGUCUGAAACGUCGAAAAAGGGGUAAGGUUGGCUAUUGUGCUUUAAAAAUAGAUAUGAGCAAAGCAUAUGAUAGGGUUGAAUGGAGCUUCUUGGAGACGGUCUUGAGUAAGUUGGGUUUCGGUGGGAAUUUGCUAAGAUGGGUAAUGAACUGUGUGAGGACAGUGAGUUACUCAUUCCUUGUUAAUGGUGAACCAAGCAGGGAAGUCAUUCCAACAAGAGGACUUAGGCAGGGAGAUGCGAUCUCCCCGUACUUAUUCUUGGUGUGUGCUGAAGUAUUAUCUAGAAUAAUCAACGAGGCGGAGGCACGAGAUCAGAUACAUGGAAUUAGGGUUUGCACAGGAGCUCCGGUCGUCAAUCAUCUUUUCUUCGCUGACGACUCUUUCAUUUUUUUGAAAGCGGAGGUGGAAGACGUUCUAAGUAUGAAGCAGAUUUUUGUGGCAUAUGAGCGAAUGUCUGGUCAGCAGAUCAACUAUGAUAAGAGCUGCAUAUCUUUUAGUAGAAAUGUCCCGUUUCGGAAAUAUGUUGAGCUUGCAGAGAUGUUGGGUGUGAAACGAGUUCUGAAGCAUGAUAAAUACCUCGGUUUGCCUACCGAGCUGAGUUAUUCAAAGGAUGAAGCUUUCAGAUUUCUGAUUGACAGGGUGAGGAAACGGACUCAGGGUUGGCGAGAUAAGACCCUCAGUGGGGCUGGAAAGGAAGUGUUAAUUAAGUCCUGGGUUUAUCAUCCGCUUUGCCGCAGCAGAGAAACCUCUCCUUCUGCCAAAAUGGGUAUCUCUCGAGAUUCUAUGCACAAGAGACGUGCCACUGGAGGCAAGAAGAAGGCCUGGAGGAAGAAGCGAAAGUACGAGCUCGGAAGGCAGCCAGCCAACACAAAACUGUCCAGCAACAAGACAGUGAGGAGGAUCAGGGUUCGAGGUGGAAAUGUGAAGUGGCGUGCUUUGAGGCUUGACACAGGAAAUUUCUCUUGGGGUAGUGAGGCUGUGACCAGGAAGACCCGUCUUCUUGAUGUUGUUUACAAUGCAUCUAACAAUGAGCUUGUGCGUACUCAAACCUUGGUGAAGAGUGCCAUUGUUCAGGUUGAUGCAGCACCUUUCAAGCAGUGGUAUUCCACCCACUAUGGUGUUGAAAUUGGCCGCAAGAAGAAAACCGCUGCUGCUAUCAAGAAAGAAGCAGAGGCUGCUACGGCUGCUGCUGCAGCUGCUGAGGAGGUUAAGAAGAGCAAGCAUGUAGAAAGGAAGUUGGAGAAGCGCCAGCAGACUCGCGUGCUUGACCACCACAUUGAGGAACAAUUUGGUGGCGGUCGUCUAUUGGCUUGCAUCUCUUCACGACCUGGUCAAUGCGGCCGUGCAGAUGGAUACAUCUUGGAGGGCAAAGAGCUAGAGUUUUACAUGAAGAAGCUCCAGAGGAAGAAGGGAAAGGGAGCAACUGCCUAGAAUUUUGCUAUUUGAACUUGGUCAUUUUAGACUCAGAAUAUGACGUUUCCUUCCUCCUUUCUUACUUUCUAAUGGAUUGCACUUAUUUCAGUUGAAGUUAAAAACGAUCCGUCUAUGGUUGAAUGUUUAAUGAGGAGUUAUAUUCAUACGUUUGUUUUUGGCCGAUCUCUUUUGAGUAUGAAAACUUGGGACGUUUUGUU